AUGUACACCCAAACUCCCACUCACCGUUUCCUCGUCCUCUCUGCUGCCGACUCGGUCCCUUUUAACCCGGCCAAUAAGUUCCUUGUCUUGUCGCCGACGGAAUCUGGCCCAGACUCCCGUUCCUACGAGCAGGCCGUGUCUGACUCUCCUUCCGCUGACCCGAGCCCUAACGUGGUUCCCAAGUCGCACCGCUCCGAUAGCACAUCAUCUACAUCCUCUGAUUAUUCCGUGUCAGGCUACCUGACCCUUGGCACCACCACUCGACGAUUCUCUCAGUGA